AUGUUGGCGAAUGCUUGGACGUUCACACCGGAAGAUGCCCUCGCGUACUUCGGGACCAACGCUGAGACUGGUUUAACAGAAGAGCAGGUGAAGAGGAAUAGGGAGGCUUACGGAGAGAACUCCCUACCAGAAUCACCCCCCACUUCCCUCUUCAAGCUCAUCAUUGCUCAAUUCAAAGAUCAACUAGUCCUUAUCCUCCUCGGUUCAGCAGUCGUAUCAUUCGUUUUAGCACUCUUUGAAGAUGUAUCGGAACCUGGAGGAUCAUGGUUGACAGCUUUCGUGGAACCUUCUGUCAUCUUGUUGAUAUUGAUCGCCAACGCUACAGUCGGUGUGGUGCAGGAAACCAAUGCUGAAAAGGCUAUUGAUGCACUUAGAGAGUAUUCUCCAGAUGAAGCUUCGGUGAUACGUUCCGGACGAUUAGCCAAAGUACCCGCUUCCGAACUCGUACCAGGAGAUAUCAUUUCCGUCCACGUCGGUGAUCGUAUACCCGCCGACUGUCGAAUAUUGUCCUUCUCAUCAUCAUCAUUCCGAGUCGACCAAGCUAUGUUAACGGGAGAAUCAAUGUCUGUUGGUAAAUCCGAGGGAGUCGUCAAAGAUCAAGCUGCCGUCAAGCAAGAUAUGGUCAAUAUGCUUUUCUCCGGAACGACUGUUGUCAACGGUGCGGCGAAAGCUGUAGUCGCUUUAACUGGUUCAAGAACAGCCAUUGGUGCUAUCCAUUCGAGUAUCUCCAAGGACGACGAAGAGGAAGAGAAGACUCCAUUGAAACGAAAGUUGGAUGAUUUCGGAGAUCAACUCGCCAAGGUCAUCUCGGUGAUCUGUAUUCUCGUCUGGCUAGUUAAUAUCCGUCAUUUCAAUGAUCCAAGUCAUCAUGGUUGGCUCAGCGGUGCUAUCUACUACCUCAAGAUUGCUGUCGCCCUUGCAGUCGCCGCUAUCCCCGAAGGUCUCGCUGCUGUCAUUACCGCUUGUCUCGCUUUAGGAACUAAGAAGAUGGCUAAAAGAGGUGCUAUCGUUAGGAAUUUGCCUAGUGUAGAGACUUUGGGUUGUACAAAUGUCAUUUGUUCAGAUAAGACUGGUACUCUCACCACCAAUCAAAUGAGUGUCGCUCGAUUCCUCACUUGUGAUGGUGCUGGUUUUGCCGAAUACCAAGUUGGCGGUACGACUUUCGCUCCUACUGGCUCUAUCACUACUCUUGAUGGUCAACAAGCCGAGAAGACUGCUGUGAGAACCGCUCCUGUCAACAAGCUUGUCGAGAUUAGUGCUAUCUGCAAUGAUGCCAAGAUCGCUUAUCAUGCUGAAUCUGAUACAUACACAAACGUUGGUGAACCUACCGAGGCUGCUCUCAAAGUCCUUGUCGAAAAGCUCGCUUCUGAUUCCGAUUCGUUCAACACUGGUCUUGCCAAUCUUGGCCCUCAAGCUCGAGCUACUGCUGUCAACGAUCACUACGAAACCCGAGUCAAGCGAGUAUUGACCUUUGAAUUUACUCGUGAUCGAAAAUCCAUGUCUGUCCUCGCCCAAUCUCCCUCCGGUACCUCACUUCUCGUCAAAGGUGCACCUGAAUCUGUCAUUGAAAGAUGCAGCAAGGUCGUCCUCCCUUCCGGUGUAUCCGAACUCACCUCUGAGCUUCGAACCAAGCUCGCUGAGAAACAACUCGAAUACGGUCACAAAGGUCUUCGAACUCUCGCUCUCGCCUAUGUCGACGAAUCUGAUAACGAUGUUUCCCACUACAAGACCAACUCUGCUGAGGAUUAUGUGAAAUUCGAAAGGGAUAUGACUUUUGUCGGACUGGUAGGAAUGCUCGACCCACCUCGACCCGAGGUCAGAGAUGCCAUUGCGAAAUGUCGAACUGCCGGAAUCAGAACCAUCGUCAUCACUGGAGAUAACAAGAACACGGCUGAGACGAUCUGCAGAGAGAUUGGCGUCUUUGGUAAAGAUGAAGAUUUAACUGGUAAAUCGUACACUGGAAAAGAGCUUGAUGCGUUAUCACAAGAAGAGAAGAUCCUAGCUGUUCAAAGGGCCUCUUUGUUCUCAAGAACCGAACCUACACAUAAAUCUCAACUGGUCGAUUUGCUCCAAGGUUUAGGUCUGGUAGUAGCCAUGACAGGAGAUGGAGUAAAUGAUGCUCCCGCAUUGAAGAAAGCGGAUAUCGGAAUUGCCAUGGGUUCAGGAACAGACGUAGCGAAACUCGCUGCUGAUAUGGUAUUGGCCACCGAUAAUUUCGCAACUAUUGAGAAAGCCGUUGAAGAAGGUCGAGCAAUUUAUAACAAUACCAAACAAUUCAUCCGAUAUUUGAUCUCGUCAAAUAUCGGUGAAGUAGUAUCGAUCUUCUUGACUGUCUUACUUGGGAUGCCGGAAGCGUUAAUCCCCGUUCAACUUCUUUGGGUCAACCUGAUCACGGAUGGUUUACCAGCUACUGCAUUGGGAUUUAAUCCUCCAGAUCAUCAGAUUAUGCGAACUCCACCUAGAUCAUCGAAGGAACCUUUGGUCGGAGGAUGGCUGUUCUUUAGAUAUAUGGUGAUUGGGACGUAUGUCGGUGCGGCAACGGUAUUUGGAUAUGCGUGGUGGUUCAUGUUUUACUCUGCUGGUCCACAGAUCAGUUUCCACGAAUUGACUCAUUUCCAUCAAUGUUCUUCUGCCUUCCCUCACCUCGAUUGUUCGAUGUUCACCGGUCUCCCCUCCAUGCGAGCAACGACCGUCUCACUUUCGAUUUUAGUUGUAAUCGAAAUGUUCAACGCUUGUAAUUCUUUAUCGGAGAACGAAUCACUGUUCGUAUUGCCAUUAUGGACCAACCCUUACCUCGUCGCUUCAAUUGCUCUCUCAAUGGCAUUACACUUCAUGAUUCUCUAUGUACCAUUCUUCCGAACCAUGUUUAGGAUCACCGCAUUGAACAGGGAAGAAUGGAUCGCGGUUUUGGUGAUCUCAGCUCCUGUCAUCGUGAUGGAUGAGGUGUUGAAGUGGAUCAGUAUGGUGAUGAACAAGGAUGGAAGUAGGAAGGUUAAGAAGGAUUAA